CGAGCAGCUGUCCGAGCUCGGGGACGGCCUCUGGGAGAGAAGAGACGAGUUCGAAAGUUCCGAGGAGCUGGGGGAGCAGUACUGGGAGAGCUGCGGGCACCUCAGAGGGGAGGCAGAGGUCCUGGGAGCGGCCCCGGCACGCCGCAAGAGACUCGAACUGGUGGGGAGGGCCCGGCCAGUGGGGCCCCAGGGGCCUGAGGGAGAGGGGCGCCUGGGGGUGCAGGAAGCAAAUUGGCUACCCGGGGUGCAGGAAGGGCAGGUGGUGCGGGCUGUCCAGGAAACAUACCUGGACGGGAAAGGGUCCCAGGAGGGAGAGGGGCCCCUGGAGAGACACAGGAUCCGGAGGCGCAGGCGGAGGAGGAGGUGGUAACUCACAGGCCGGCUGCUCAGCACCAGCAUCGGGCCGGGCCAGGGCCGUGGUGAGCGCGGGAUGUAGGGGUUUGGGGAGUGGGGGGCAGAAGAGCGCCGUGAACCUGGGAGCGUUGGAAACCACCGCCCGAUAGCAGGCAGUGUCCUGCUGGGUCCUUUUCUGCCACCUCAGCCGGGACAUCAUAGAAGCUUUGUCUGCAGAGAGCCAGUGGAAGGCAGCAGAGGCUGGGGAGCAGCAGCAUGCAGCCGGAGGAGGGCACAGGCUGGCUGCUGGAGCUGCUGUCCGAGGUGCAGCUGCAGCAAUAUUUCCUGCGGCUCCGCGACGACCUCAACGUUACCCGCCUGUCCCACUUUGAGUAUGUCAAGAAUGAGGACCUGGAGAAGAUUGGCAUGGGCCGGCCUGGCCAGCGGCGGCUGUGGGAGGCUGUGAAGAGGAGGAAGGCCGUGUGCAAGCGCAAGUCCUGGAUGAGCAAGGGUUCCAUCUGGCCCCUGGCUGCCUUCAAACAGGUGUUCAGUGGAAAGCGGCUGGAGGCUGAGUUCCCCCCUCAUCACUCUCAGAGCACCUUCCGGAAGACCUCACCCACCCCCGGAGGCCCAGCAGUGGAGGGAUCCCUGCAGAGCCUCACCUGCCUCAUUGGGGAGAAGGACCUGCAUCUCUUUGAGAAGCUGGGAGAUGGCUCCUUUGGCGUGGUGCGCAGGGGCGAGUGGGACGCCCCCUCAGGGAAGACGGUGAGUGUGGCUGUGAAGUGCCUGAAGCCUGAUGUGCUGAGCCAGCCAGAGGCCAUGGACGACUUCAUCCGGGAGGUCAAUGCCAUGCACUCGCUUGACCACCGAAACCUCAUUCGCCUCUACGGUGUGGUGCUCACGCCGCCCAUGAAGAUGGUGACAGAGCUGGCACCUCUGGGAUCGUUGUUGGACCGGCUGCGCAAGCACCAGGGCCACUUCCUCCUGGGUACCCUGAGCCGCUACGCUGUGCAGGUGGCUGAGGGCAUGGGCUACCUGGAGUCCAAGCGCUUUAUUCACCGUGACCUGGCCGCCCGCAAUCUGCUGUUGGCCACCCGUGACCUGGUCAAGAUCGGGGACUUCGGGCUGAUGCGAGCACUACCCCAGAAUGACGACCACUACGUCAUGCAGGAGCAUCGCAAGGUGCCCUUUGCCUGGUGUGCCCCUGAGAGCCUGAAGACUCGCACCUUCUCCCAUGCCAGCGACACCUGGAUGUUUGGGGUCACGCUGUGGGAGAUGUUCACCUAUGGCCAGGAGCCCUGGAUUGGCCUCAAUGGCAGUCAGAUCCUGCAUAAGAUUGACAAGGAGGGAGAGCGUCUGCCUCGGCCCGAGGACUGCCCCCAGGACAUCUACAAUGUCAUGGUUCAGUGCUGGGCUCACAAGCCAGAGGACAGACCCACCUUUGUGGCCCUGAGGGACUUCCUGCUGGAGGCCCAGCCCACUGACAUGCGGGCCCUUCAGGACUUUGAGGAACCAGACAAGCUGCACAUCCAGAUGAACGAUGUCAUCACCGUCAUUGAGGGGAGGGCUGAGAAUUACUGGUGGCGCGGGCAGAACACACGGACGCUGUGCGUGGGGCCCUUCCCUCGCAACGUGGUGACCUCUGUGGCCGGCCUGUCGGCCCAGGACAUCAGCCAGCCCCUGCAGAACAGCUUCAUUCACACAGGGCAUGGUGACAGCGACCCCCGGCACUGCUGGGGCUUCCCUGACAGGAUUGAUGAACUGUAUCUGGGAAACCCCAUGGACCCUCCCGACCUGCUGAGUGUGGAACUGAGCACCUCCAGACCCACCCAGCAUCUGGGCAGGGUGAAAAGGGAGCCUCCACCUCGCCCUCCUCAGCCUGCCAUCUUCACUCAGAAACCAACCUACGACCCUGUGAGUGAGGACCAAGACCCCCUGUCCAGCGACUUCAAGAGGCUGGGCCUGCGGAAGCCAGGACUGCCCCGUGGGCUGUGGCUCGCGAAGCCCUCGGCCCGGGUGCCGGGCACCAAAGCAGGCCGCGGGAGCAGUGAGGUCACGCUCAUCGACUUUGGUGAGGAGCCCGUGGUCCCGGCCCCGCAGCCCUGUGCGCCCUCACUGGCGCAGCUGGCCAUGGGUGCCUGCUCCUUGCUGGACAAGACCCCGCCGCAGAGCCCCUCGCGGGCGCUGCCCCGGCCCCUGCAUCCCACGCCGGUGGUGGACUGGGAUGCGCGCCCGCUGCCCCCGCCUCCUGCCUACGACGACGUGGCCCAGGAUGAGGAUGACUUUGAGGUCUGCUCCAUCAACAGCACCCUAGUGAGUGCAGGGGUCUCUGCUGGGCCCAGCCAGGGCGAGACCAAUUACGCCUUUGUGCCUGAGCCGGCGCGGCUCUUCCCUCCCCUGGAGGACAACCUGUUCCUCCCGCCUCAGGGUGGGGGCAAGCCGCCCAACUCAGCGCAGACCGCAGAGAUCUUCCAGGCGCUGCAGCAGGAGUGCAUGCGGCAGCUACAGGUCCCGGCCGGCUCUCUGGUCCCCUCGCCCAGCCCGGUGGGCGACGACAAGCCCCAGGUGCCCCCCCGUGUGCCCAUCCCCCCGAGGCCCACGCGCCCACGUGGGGAGCUGUCUCCAGCCCCCUCGGGCGAGGAGGAGAUGGGGCGGUGGCCUGGACCUGCCUCCCCUCCCCGGGUACCACCCCGGGAGCCCCUGUCCCCACAAGGCUCCAGGACCCCCAGCCCCUUGGUGCCACGCGGCAGCUCCCCGCUGCCACCCCGGCUCUCCAGCUCACCUGGGAAGACCAUGCCCACCACCCAGAGCUUCGCCUCAGACCCCAAGUAUGCCACACCCCAGGUGAUCCAGGCACCUGGCCCCCGGGCUGGCCCCUGCAUCUUACCCAUUGUCCGCGAUGGCAAGAAGGUCAGCAACACCCACUACUACCUGCUGCCUGAGCGCCCACCCUACCUGGAGCGCUACCAGCGCUUCCUACGUGAGACCCGGAGUCCCGAAGAGCCGGCCCCCAUGCCUGUGCCCCUGCUGCUGCCCCCUCCCGGCAUCCCAGCUCCUGCCGCCCCCACUGCCACCGUUCGACCAAUGCCUCAGGCUGCCCCAGACCCCAAGGCUAACUUCUCCACCAACACCAGCAACUCAGGGGCCCAGCCGCCAGCCCUGAGGGCCACUGCUCGGCUGCCACAGAGGGGCUGCCCCGGGGACGGGCCAGAGGCUGGAAGGCCAGCAGACAAGAUCCAGAUGCUGCAGGCCAUGGUGCAUGGGGUGACCACAGAGGAGUGCCAGGCGGCCCUGCAGAGCCACAGCUGGAGCGUGCAGAGGGCUGCCCAGUAUCUGAAGGUGGAGCAGCUCUUUGGUUUGGGUCUGCGGCCGCGAGGCGAGUGCCACAAAGUGCUGGAGAUGUUCGACUGGAACUUGGAGCAGGCUGGCUGCCACCUGCUGGGCUCCUGCGGCCCAGCCCACCACAAGCGCUGAAAUGUCUGGAGACCCAGAGGAUCUGCCCUGAAGGAAUCAUUUGAGCCUGUCCAUCUGACGAGGGUGGGGAGAUGCCCUGCCAGGCCGGGAGGACCUGCUGCACCUGCUGCUCCCAGUGGCAGAGCGAGGCCAAGGCAGCAGGAGGCUGGGAGCCCCGCCUUGCCUGUCCCUCCCUCACCCAGCGCUGUCCCUGCAACUUCGGAGCUCUCAGUGCACCCAGCCGAGGUGCAGGAGGGAGCCUCUUGAAGGCAGGCCUGGGGGCGGCCUCAGCAGGCCCUGUGGCUGACCUGCCUCUGGCUUCAGUCCCUGGUGGGGCCUGUAGCUGAAAUGUGUUGCCAGGCCCUGCCGGCGGGGAAGCCAGGCUUGACCCCGGGCAGGGAGGAUGUGUUGGCCGUGCAGAAAGGUGGAACAGCACCCAGGGUGUGGGGCGGCGGCCCUCCCCAGGGAGCCCCUGGCGGCAGUUGGGGUGUCGGACAGAAUGUGACUUGUGGCCUCACCAUGGACAUGUUAAAGGGACUUGGCUGGUGUUAGGAUCUUGUGCCUGGAAAUAGCCUGAGGUGGCUCAGGUAGCAGAGCUAGGGUGCCAGAUCGUUCUCUGGCAGGGACCAGGGCCCAAGGCCCCAGGGUUGGAAGGAGACCAAGGGGGCAGCUGCCCUGGAGGGACACCAGUGCUUCCUCUUUGACCCAGCUCUUCCCCUGUGCUGUUCUUUGUUUUCCCACCAGCCUCUUGCCAAAGUUGCUGCCCCGGCUAUGAAUAUCUGCUUCUUCCAGAGAAAUAAA